AUGAACGAGGUGGUGUCAGGCGAUGCGGAUGGAUUGACCCCCCUUGGUAGCGAGGUGGGCAGGCUAGGUGUUCGUCCUGAUGCAGUUGAGGAAUUAGUGGAUGAAGAGGGUACGGAGAACCAUCAGAACACGGAGUUGAUACCGACUGCAGCAUCUGAGGAUGAAUAUGACGAGGAGAUGUUGGAGGAGAGGCUGGUCGCGGAUCUGAUCCGUGCGUACAGCAACGGCGGCAAUCCCGAUGCCAAUGGUGGUGAUCCGGAUGCGAACGAAGUGGACUCGGAGGCUGAGGAUGAGAUGGGGUUCACCGAUGAUGGCGGCGAUGACCCUUCUAUGCAUGAUGAUCCAGAGGAAUGCGGCAUGUCCGAGCCAACAAACGGCAAUGCCAAGGUGGGGAUGCAGGAUUUGGUACAGCACAACGCUGUUGACGAACCUAGGUGCCACGAGGAGGAGGAGGAGGAGGCAGAUGUUGUGAAGAACGAGGUGGAGGCGCAAAGAGAAACGGCUACGGCCUUUAAACAAGGAGAUUCGCAUAUCGAGAUUCUUGAUUCCGACGAGGAGGUGAAACUGCUCGAUGGUGCCGGUGAUUCCUUUAAGAGCAAGCCGCUGCGGCAAGCAAAGGCGCCGGUCGUGCCGUGUGUUGCGUGGAGGACUCGGUCGUCGUGGGGGGACAGGGUGUCGUACAACGCGUACUUUGAGGAACUGUCCGAUGAGCCGAAAGAGGAGGACGAUGAUGAUACGGAGGUGGAGCUGGAUGAGGAGGAGGAUGGUGACGACGACGGUGACAAUAGCGCCAGUUGUGAUGAUGAAGAGGAAAAAGAGGAAGCACAGGAGGCGGAAGAGGCUGAAGACAGAAAGCGCAAGAGAGAAAUUUACUCAUCUUAUCGGGGAAUAAGGGCAGGACCUAUGCCACUUUAUAUCAGUAGCGGUAAGAGAAUUCAAAAGUCAACCCUGAAACGGUACAGCAACUCGAAGGCGCAGAGGCGGCCGAAAACCCACCGCAGAACUGACUCAUCUGAUGAUGAAAUAAUUGAUGAUACUGUAGCACAUGGUUUCGAGUGGGAGGUUGAGGAACAUCCAGGGAUUCAACCGCUUGACUUUGAUGAAGAUGACAGUGCGCGUACAGCGUGGAAUGACAAACCUACGUAUCAACAGAAGCAGUCACAGUUUACUUGGGAUCUUGAGAGGAGGAAAAGGCUGAAGCUUGAGGGAACUAAGAAGGAACGUAAAUUGUAUGAGCGGCAUUUGGACUCGGAUUCCAACUCAUCGGGUUCCGGUCAGAAUAAAAAGCAUGGUGGUGAUAGCAAUAGUGGGAGAAAGAAGAAGCAUCUGUCAACAAAAUCUGGCAAGAAAUCCAGCAGUUCAGUCAUGCUAAAGCGGCAGUCUCUUCUGAAGCUUCUGAUGGAUAAGAUGAGUAGCGAUAAAGAUGGAGAAUUCCCUCCUUUUUACCAGCAUCCUCAUUUCGAUCAUAAUUUCAAGGACUCCCAGCCAUUGGUAUUCUCAUUUGGGGAUGAAGAUCCUAUACCAGCUGACAGCUCAGAUCAAAAUGCUGAACUUGAUCCGCUAUGGGCUGAAUUUGACUUUGCUCUAGAGUCAGAGAAUAUUGGAACUUAUUAUGAUGACGAGCAUCAAGGAGAGAGAAAUGUGUUAGAUCUUGGACUUGCUUCUACAACACCUUGUUCUCGAGGGAAGCAUGAAUUUAUUAUUGAUGAUCAGAUAGGAAUCAGAUGCAAAUACUGCUCCUUGGUAAAUCUGGAAAUCAGAUUUGUUUUACCGUCAAUGGUCUCAAAUUAUGCAGAGAAACCUGAAUGGCGAAAUGGAUCUUUUUUGAAGGAUGCAUUGAUGUAUCAUGAUCUUUGUGAACAAGCAGCAAGUGUUGAUGGGAAAUCGCAAGAUUUCCAUCUCUAUGGAACAGUGUGGGAUCUCAUUCCUGGUGCCAUUACUACAUUGUAUCACCAUCAACGUGAAGCAAUUGAAUUUAUGUGGUCAAAUCUAGUCGGUGAUAUUAGGCUUGAUGAGCUGAAGCAUGGGGCUAAACCUGAUGUUGUUGGAGGAUGUGUGAUCUGUCAUGCCCCAGGGACAGGAAAGACACGUUUAGCUAUUGUGUUUAUCCAGACAUAUAUGAAGGUAUUUCCAGACUGUCGGCCGGUGAUCAUUGCACCUCGUGGGAUGUUGUUUGCUUGGGAAGAGGAGUUCAAGAAAUGGGAUGUCAAUGUUCCUUUCCAUAUAAUGAACACUACAGAGUACUCAGGGAAAGAAGACAGAGACAUAUGUAGCUUAAUUAAGAAGAAGCAUCGGACAGAAAAAUUGACAAGGCUUGUAAAACUUCUUUCAUGGAACAAGGGUCAUGGUAUUCUUGGAAUAAGUUAUGGCCUAUAUAUGAAACUAACAUCUGAAAAGGCUGGCGGCACUGGAGAAAACAAAGUAAGAAGCAUUCUUCUUGACAAUCCUGGUUUGCUUGUCCUGGAUGAAGGGCACACACCUAGGAAUGAACGCAGUGUGAUGUGGAAGACGUUGGGAAAAGUUAAAACUGAGAAGCGCAUUAUUCUAUCUGGAACUCCGUUCCAAAACAAUUUUCUUGAGCUCUACAAUAUACUUUGUUUGGUAAGGCCCAGGUUUGGUGAGAUGUUUUUGACUAAAACAAAAGCGGGUAGAAGGCACAAUGCCUCAAAGAAGCCCCGGGAUAAAUUUUCUGAUAAAUAUGAAAAAGGAGUUUGGGCUUCAUUAACUAGUAAUGUAGCUGAUGACAAUGCUGAGAAAGUAAGAUCAAUAUUGAAGCCAUUCGUCCAUAUCCAUAAUGGCACCAUUCUUCGAACACUUCCAGGGCUUAGAGAGAGUGUUAUUGUAUUGAAACCUCCUCCCCUUCAGAAGAGCAUCAUUAGAAAAGUGGAAAAUGUUGGUUCUGGUAAUAAUUUUGAGCAUGAAUAUGUUGUUUCUUUAGCCUCCACACAUCCUUCUCUUGUAACUGCCAUCAAUAUGUCUGAAGAGGAGGCUUCACUUAUUGAUAAACCUAUGCUUGAGAGGAUAAGGUCAAAUCCCUACGAAGGGGUGAAAACAAGAUUUGUAAUUGAAGUUGUUCGGUUGUGUGAAGCACUGAAAGAAAAGGUAUUGAUCUUUAGUCAAUUUAUUCAGCCAUUAGAACUGAUCAAAGAACAUCUGCGCAAGUUUUUCAAAUGGAGAGAAGGGAAAGAGAUUCUCCAGAUGGACGGAAAGAUCCUUCCAAGAUACCGUCAGACUUCAAUUGAAGUUUUCAAUAAUCCAGAUAGUGAUGCGAGGGUGUUACUUGCAUCUACAAGAGCUUGUUGUGAAGGAAUUAGCCUAACAGGAGCUUCAAGAGUUGUGCUUCUAGAUGUUGUCUGGAAUCCUGCAGUUGGAAGGCAAGCUAUCAGCAGGGCAUUUAGGAUAGGACAGAAGAAAUUUGUGUACACAUACAAUUUAAUAACUUAUGGAACAGGUGAAGGUGACAAAUAUGACAGGCAAGCAGAGAAGGAUCACUUGUCCAAGUUGGUCUUCUCUGCAGAAGAUGAGUUCGAUAAUGUCAGGAACAUGCUAUCAAAAGCUGAAAUGGAUCAAUGUUCUAAGUUAAUUUCCCAGGAUAAGGUUCUGCAGGAGAUGGCUUCACAUGACCAACUAAAAGGCAUGUUCUUAAAGAUACACUAUCCACCAACUGAAUCAAACAUGGUUUUUACUUACAACCAGAUUUCCCCUGAGGUGAUUUAAUGGUAACACCAGCAUCAGUAUUGGUUAACUCCAAUUACAAGUACCUAUGUCUGUCCAUGGAGCUGUUUGCAACUGAUGCCAAUGACAAAAAAGUGAAGGAGUUUACUACUGUCUUCAUGGCUAGAGGAUACUAAAUCUUUGUGUAAACUCUGUGCCAGAACACAUUUCCAACUAUGCAGAGUGCAGUCCUUAUUGGUUUGUGCUGGCACUUGUCUACAUGGUAAGAUAUUUACAUCAGCCACAUGUAUACAUGACAUUCUGGAAUGGCCAUCAUUUGCUAAUUGCAAGUGUGGCGGUUGCUGCCAAAUUCGCAGAUGGCUUCUCAACAGUGCAAACAAGCAUUUUAUGCGAGAAUGGGAGGAAUCGGCAGAAUCGAGCUUAUUACUGACUUCAGCCUGAAACGGAAUCUAGAGACGUUUGGGAGCUACUGCUUGGAGUCGUGCUCAAUGUCUGGCAGCGCAUUAGAAAACAACAGACUGAAGAUUAUCCAUUUCAGAAUAUGCUGGCAACGUGAUGAGUAUUCUGUGUGCAUAUGAAUCUGGCUUUUCAUGAGUUUUUGUUUUAAAGGAGGCAAAAGCUUUGCGUUGUCUCAUGAAUUAAGAAGAACAAAAUUGUCUGGUUAAUUACCAGGAUAUC